CUCUGCUAAAUGGAGAGUUGUGAAGAAUGCUGUAAAGGCUUCACAGAAUCCUGGUUCUAGCUACAGGAUCCCCUCAACCAAAACCUCAGACAGUGGACUUUACUGGUGUCAGUCUUGGUCUGGAGAGCACAGCAAAACUGUCAACAUCACAGUACAUGGGGGUCAUGUGAUCCUGGAGAGCCCCGCCCUUCCUGUGACUGAGGGACAUUCUGUGAUUCUGAACUGCAGAUACAAGAAAGGUCCCUCUAACCUCACAGCAGAUUUCUACAAAAAUGGAUCCUUCAUCAGGACUGAGACUAAUGGAGGGAUGACCAUCCCUGCAGUUAACAAGUCAGAUGAAGGACUUUACAGCUGUAGACACCCUGAACUAGGAAGAUCCCCAGAGAGCUGGAUGACUGUGACAGGUCAGUCUCCAGGUUCUCUGAUUGUCAGACCCAACAGACGUCAGUUCUUGGAAUAUGAGUCUGUCUCUCUGAGAUGUGAGGUCCAGGGUGGUUCCACUGGAUGGGGAGUGAAGAGGAACUCAAGUGGAAAGCGUACAGAGUGUGGUGAUGGAUGGGGGAGGGUGGAUGGAACCAACUGCAACAUCUCCUCAACCAAAUCAACAGACAGUGGAGUUUACUGGUGUCAGUCUGAAUCUGGAGAACACAGUAGUACUGUCAACAUCACAGUAACUGAUGUAAUCCUAGAGAUUCCCAUCCUUCCUGUGGCUGAAGGAAAUUCUGUGACUCUCAGCUGCAGACAUAAGGAAACUCCCUCUGACCUCACAGCUGAUUUCUACAAAGAUGGAUCCUUCAUCAAGACUGAGUCUACAGGAGAGAUGACCAUCCCUGCAGUAUCACAGUCAGCUGAAGGAUGGUACAGCUGUAGACACUCUAAAGGAAACUCCCCAAAGAGCUGGAUGAAUGUGACAGAUUAUCCUUUUGAUUUUCAAGCUUCUACCUCCUCAACCCACUCCUCCUCUAUCCCCUCUUUAGCCCCUUCCUCCUCCAAACCCUCCUUAUCCUCUACACCUCCUUCCUCCACAUCAUCUCCUCUACUCCUCCCUCUCGCUCUAUCUGGAAUGGCCGGUCUCUUCAUCUCUUUGACAAUUCUAUUGCUGAUGUUCUGCUACCGAAAGAGGACCAAAGGGGCGAUGACAUCUGACCCAAGAGAGGUGACCUACGCUGAAGACUGUACAGAGACGCCUCUUCUACUGGAUACUGUCAUUAUCUACUCUGUGAGACCGGCUGUAGGUCCAUCUAAGAGAGGGAGAGUCUGACUGACGGAAGGAUGAGGAGAGAAGAGGACCCCACCCCAACAACACACACACACACACCUGUAUAGUCCCCACCCCAACA